GACCCAUCGGAAGUCGAUUACGAAAAGCUCAACAAAAUGCCAUUUUUGGACGCAUUCAUACAUGAGGUGCUCAGGGUCAACUGCUCGGCCAGUAGAAUCGACAGAAUCACUACAAAUGACCGCAAUCUGGACGGCAUAUAUUUGCCAAAAGGGACGCCUAUUAUUAUACCCAUAUGGGCCCUACACAUGGACCCGGAUAACUUUGAGGAUCCUGAGGAAUUUAGGCCAGAUAGAUUCAUGCCUGAAAAUCGACACCUCAUUAAAGACUACACAUACCUGCCCUUUGCUACCGGCCCUCGUAAUUGCAUUGGUCGUAAAUUGGCCUUGAUGGAGUUGAAAUAUUGUUUGGUAAAAAUGUUGUCAAAAUUUGAGUUUAUGGCCUGUGAUAAGACCAAGGAACUGGACUAUUAUAACCCGCUCAUUCAGCUAGCAAGUAUGAAACAUUUAACGGUUCGCAUAAAACACCGAGUAACUGGCUGAUUGCAUAUACAGUAGAUCACUAUAAUUAAUGUUAAUUACUAAUUAAUAAUUAGCAUUAGGG